AUGACAACAAUAAAAUCUAUUGAAUGUUUACCGAACGAACUUUGGUUAUUAUUUAUGAGUUUUCUUCCACCAAUUGAUCUUUAUAGAGCACUGGCUGGUCUUAAUCAUCGUAUUAAUUAUUUACUUUCUUCGAUGACUCCACGUCCGGUUCUCGAUACAUCUCAAUGUGCUGGUGAUGGAAUAUAUUUUUCUAAUCUUCAUCAAUUAAUCGCUGGCAAAGAUAUUUGGUCUCAAUUUCUUCUUUCUUCAAUCGAUACAAUUCGUCUUUAUGGCACACUUGCUGGUGAUGCACUUUUUAAAUACUAUCAAUCUCCAAAGCAUUUGUCUUCAAAUCCAACUUCUUUCUCACAUUCAUUUCCUUCACUUCGUCGAUUGUAUAUAACAGAAAUUUCUGAAAAAAUCGAAGUAUCACAACUGCUUAUUCCGCUAUCUACAACGCUUUCUGAUGUUUAUUUCACAUUUGCUGCACCAAUGCGCCGCUCAUCGUACUAUAAAGUGGUGAAUGAUUUUACUAAUCAUAGUUUAUCAUUUUAUCGUAUGGUAUUUGAUGUUGAAGAUGACGAUAUUGGUGAAGAUACGAAUUCAUAUCAUUAUGGAUGGAAACGAAUGUAUUUACCAAAUACUGUCUAUUUAUCACUUUGUAUCAAACGAUUAGAUGACCUAUUCAAUCUUCUUGAUACUCAAGCAUUACCUGUUCUUGAUCAUCUCAGUGUUGUUUUUAUCACACGUGAUCUCAAAUACGAUGCAGAAAUGGUGAAUGUCAACAAUAUAACAAGUCGUUUACGUUCUCUCAAACUCAGAUACAUGUCAAUGAACAAUCUUCUCGUCUUUCUUUCAUCCGUUCAUAUGCCUUUACUCGAAAAGCUCACACUGAUUGAUAUUCAUGACAAUACACUCAAUCGUCUUAGCGAGUUUCAAAAAUAUUUUGAGACAAAGACAAAUCUUCCUGGCCUUCGUCCAUCAUCAUUUCGAUUUCUACUUCGUUUUCCUGGUGAACUUGAAAGCAAAUGGAAUACAUAUCGCUAUUUACAAUGGCCACUUGAUGUUGUCAACAUUGAUCAUUGUCUUGAAGAGCAUCGUUUAUCUACUACGGCAUACUAUCGUUCACGAGCAUUAUCACUACCAAAGAAAUAUUCACUUCUUAUUUUUACUCGUUCCUCACUGCCUUCCCAUCGAAUCAUACAUAAUUAUUCUGCUGCAGUGACACUCAAACAAACAUCAUCAAUAAAAUGGACUUGCGAUUACAUUGAUAAUUCCGAACAAGUUUUUGAAGUUUUGUCAAACCAAGAUUCUCAUCGCCGAUGUUUAAGUAUGCAAGAUUAUGGUUUAUUAUAUACUGAACAACGUUAUGUUGAAAACAUGUUAAGAAGUUUUCAUAAGCUCGAUGACCCAAAUCGUACGAUUAAACGAAAAAGCAUGUUUCAAAUUUGUCUACUCUAUUGUAUCUUAACUAUUCAGAAUGUUAUUUCAAAGAACAGUGAAUUUGUUUGUCCGCAAGAUGGACGAUGGCCUCAUCCAACAGAUUGUGAAAAAUAUUAUACUUGUAAUACAGGAAUCAGUAUCGAAGGAUGGUGUGGUACUGGUAUGACCUAUGAUCCAGAACAUAAACGAUGUGAUUUAUCAAAAAAUAUCGAUUGUCAGAAUGGUGAAAGACCAGGCUGGACACCACCAGAAGGAUGGGGACAAAGUGAAAGUGUAACAAGUUAUGUUAUAACAAAAACUACCAAAAGUUUUGAUGAUGAUGAUGAUGAUAAUAAAAAUGAAGUAGUAAAAAAGACAACUCGUACACCAAAAAGACGUAAAACUACAACAAGACCAGCAACUAUAGCAACAAAAGCAGCACGACUUCAUGUAACAUUAUCCAUAUCUCAACUUAUUGAAAAUAGUGAAUGUACAUUUCAAGGUCAUAUGCCAGAUCCAGAUAAUUGUCAAACUUAUUAUGCAUGUAGAGAAGAUGUUGUAACACGUGUUCAUUGUCCAGAAAAACAAUUAUUUGAUGAAGAUACUCGAAUAUGUAAUGAUUAUCGAAAAGUUUUCUGUGCAAAUCGACCAGUUAAUGAACGUGGAUAUGAUCCAUGUAUCGGUCAACAGAAUGGAUGGUAUGUUGAUAACGAAAAUCAAUGUCGAUCCUAUUAUUUAUGUACAGAACAACGUAAAACAAAAAUGGGAGAAUGUACAUCAGGUUUUAAAUGGAAUUCAGCUAAAUUACGAUGUGAUGAUCCAAGAAAUAUUGCUAUACCUUGUGGCCUUCGUAGUAAUAAUGCCAUUCCAUUGUUUCAUCAACAUUAUUUAACAAUUGUUAUCAUUUUUUCUUCGUUCUCUUACUUAUUAACCUACUAA